UUCGUGGCCCACGUCCUCCCCACGUCGUCCUCCUCCUCCUCCUCCUCCCCUUGAGAAAGUGCCACAUGACCUGUCAAGUAGGAAGUGGAGAUCUCACCACCACCAUCAACACAUCCAGCAGCAGCAGCAGCAGCAGCGAGCGGACCCUGACGACGAGGCUGAAGCACCUCCACCUGUCCCCCGGUGUCGCUCUCGACGUUUCCCCACCCGGACACACACGUUUCCAGGCAGAGCAGCGAUCUGUCCGCAGUCAUGUACGUGAAGCUGGUGGUUUUCGCCGCAGUCGUGGCUCUCGCUGUCGCAUCAGCCGAUGCGGACUCCGAUAAAUGUACCGGCCUGACAUGUGCUACGUGCACAGCCACUGCAGACUGUCUGUGGGUCAACUGCACAACACCAUAUGUUGGCUGUCGCAAUGCAACUGUUCUGUCAGAAGACCCUACCUGCUCCAACACUACCUGCACAGUUCCCUCUCCUCCUCCUCCUCCUACAACACCCAAGGCUUUGACUACUGCCAAACCCCUUACAACCCCUUCUACCCCUGUUGUCACGACCGCCUCUAACAGCAGCAGCGCUCCUCAGCCCACCACAGGAAAUGGAACUGUUAUUGUCACCACUCCGAGUAGUAACACCUCCCUCCCCACUACAUCUUCUACUUUAACCGGAACCACCACAAGCCACGCGACGGUCUCCCCGACCCCUGCCCCUCAAAAGAACUCGACCUUUGAUGCCGCGAGCUUCAUCGGUGGAAUAGUGCUGGUGCUGGGCCUGCAGGCGGUGAUUUUCUUCAUCUACAAAUUCUGCAAGUCCAAGGAGCGCAACUACCACACCCUUUGAAGCAGCAUCUCGGUUGGUUCGGCAUCACUAGACCCGUCCCCGCCAACUCUAAACUCCCGGAGAAGACUCCCCACUCGGCACGCACUCAUCACACACUCGAACUCAAAUAGUGUUUUCAAGCUGGGAUUUUUCACGUUUGUGCCACUUGUGAUUUCGGCCUGCAUUAGUGCUGCUGUAGUCGGUAUAGAGGCACCCACGCAUGCCUGUAUGUAUGAUAAGUAACAACGCACCAACUUGUACAGUAUACAGAUCCCUACUGAUAUGGUAUUUAAGCCUCGAGCAUAUGGAUUACAUCAUGUGUUCACUACUCCCACCUCCAUCAUGCUGUUAGUCAUCCUGCGAAAGACCAUUUUCCAGCAAACUGAGGCGGCUGGUGUUAUUUACGGCCCCUCUCCUCACCACAUGAGUCAAAGGGACCAGCAGUAGCUUUCAGUGAUGCUUGGGUGGAGUAGCAUUUACAGCAUCUUCUCGAUUCCUGAUUUGGAAACACUGUUUGAGUUCACAGCUUUUCUUAAAAUGUGACGAUGGUGAUGAUUCAGUAUUGCUUUCACCCUGUUUAAUCGUGGGCAGGUUCUCU